GCUUCCUGCUAGCCGCCAUUUUCUCUUCGUUUCUGAGGGUGAGGAAGCUCCGCUCGUCAAUCGUCGAAGCCCGGCUGAUAAUGAAGGUGUUUUCCUGCUAGACCGCCUUUAAACCAUGACUCCGGGGGUAAAGUCUGGUUUCCUGGUCCUGGUCCUCCUGGUUCUGGGGGUCGGAGCUCAGAGCGUGACUAAAUACUUCGAGAACAACGGGACUCUGGUUCUGGACCCCAAAGUGUCAGAACCGAUCACCGGCAUCACCUGGAAGCACGAAGGGAACAUCGUGGCUGAAUGGAUCAAAGAUAGGGUCCCGCUGGAAUAUCUGGGAGACUUUAGGAGUCGAUCAGAGAUGGACCUGACCACCGGGGUUCUGACCAUCCGGGGCAUUAAGAAGGCGGAGGGCGGGGAGUUCACGGUGGAGAUCAACGGCAGAGAGCGCCCUGGAGACGUUUACCGCGGUGGGGAUCCGGAAUCUGAAGGGGGUUAAAGUGGAGGUCGUUGUGAGACCCCUGACCUGCUCCUCCGCCUCCAAGAACUGCUAUCUGGACUGUAGAGGAGACUUUACCGAUGCCGGACCGGUCCGGUUCUUCUGGAAGAAAGGAGACAAGGGACGGUGGGAGGAGAAGACAAAGACCAUCACCAUCUUCAACAACGAGGAGACCAAGAAGAUCGAGAGCUUCAGCUGCAAAGCCAGCAACCCUUUAGGUGAGACGGAGGAGAGCAAAGCUGAGAAGAACCUGCUGACCCAGGAGGCAUCAGGCGGGGACUCAGGGGUGGGCAUCGGUGUUGGCAUCGCAUUUCUAGUGUUAGCACUGGCUGUUGUGGCUAUUCUUCUUCUUUACUACAAAUGGUGGCUACCGAGAAGACCUGCGAAUGGCCAAUCUAACAAGGGACAUGAGGCUGGUCCUGGAGACAAUGGUGUGGGCCCUUCAUCAGCUCUUAUGCUGGAGGAGACCGAAGGACAGACUGGAGUCGCAGCUGCAGACCCUAAAUCUGUGGAUGCCCAGAACCCUGGAGAAGGAGACCCUCUGGCUGGAGACGUAUCUACAGUAUACUCUGCUGUGCGUCCCUUUAACCCUGAAGAUGCGGAUCAGUCAGCUGUCCCCAAAGCCACAGAGACCUCUGAGAAUCAGCCAGACUAUGAGAACGGUCCAACACCCAACAGUCAUGACUCUUAGUGUCUCAUCCUGGUCCUCCACCGUGAAGCUCCUCCACCUUUAGAGCAGAUCUAUCAGUUCCUGCAGCCCAGCGUGACCUUCAGGUGGAGAUAUGAAGGAGAAGCCACCAGGAGGGAUUGCUUCAUGACUUUGAAACACGUUCCUCCUCCUCCUCCCUGCAGCCUGUCCUCUGCUCUUUAAGGACCAGAUGAGGAGACAAUUCAGGAGACAGCUGACAUGUGAUGGGUCAUUAUUCAUGUUUUAACCUUCAGCGCUCUGCAACAGCUGCAUUUUUACACAUUUUAUUCAUGAAAAGCCUGCCCAUUGUGCCUUUUUUUGGUUUGUUGAGGAAAGUAUUUGAAGAAAUGAGGCGUGACUCAAAGGUUUCUAUUCAUACUGCGGCCCUGAAUAUAAUAUUAAUUAGCCACUGAAUGUUUAAUGAGAAAGAGGGUGGAGAACCCACCAAUGACUUCUACACUCUUAUAACUCAUUGUUAUGAAAUACAAACAGCUUUGUAAGUGUUUCCUGUAAAUGCACUGGAUCAGAAAUGCCUUAUUUUGCACUUCUAGCCCAGGAAAGCCUCUUUUCUCGGUGUGUGCAUGUUCCCCAUCACAGGUUCUCCACAGGUAACGCAGAACCUAAAGGUGUGUUCUUAUUGUCCCGUGUGUGAUGAGGACCUGGCUGGGUUUCCUAAUGACAGCUGGACAUGGACACUGGAGCCUCCACCCCUCCACCUACAACCACCACAGUGAUGGAAGGACUAAAUGCUGUUGUUCUGCCUCUGUGUUCGCAAAGAACUGAAGGAAAGUCUGGUUGCCUCCGAUUUAAACCAGUCUGCUGCGUCGAUCACCUGGAUAACAGAGAAUGUGACUCUGUGACAAUCGGCUCCAUUUAUUGUUGCAUUGAAUCAUUUUGCCAAUGUGCCAAUCAUGUAUUUAUUGUUGUUUUAACUUUUCUUUAAGGUUUGCUUUCCAAUAAACAUUUAUAUGCUUCCUUCA